GUUAGGGAAAGGGACUGACUGGGUUGUGGUUGCGGCAAGAUUAGAUGCGGAUGGUGCAGCGAGAAUGCGCAGCAAUCCGCAAGAGACCCAUCUCACCUUGUGAGGGUAGCGAGGGAGGGAAACAAAAAGCCUUGUUUUGCAUUUUUGCUGAUGCGUGAUUUUGUUACUCCUUCGUAUGAACAAUGGAUACGCUCAGAGUGGGUCGUCGACCUGAUGUGGUAAGAUACGAACCACUGAGUUUGCUGAAUGAUGUUGACAUCCAGUCAGGAUUGGUGUGCGUGGAAAUACGGAAACAACCAUGGAGAUUAAUGGCGAAAACUAAAGGAGUCAUUUUAAGAUGACACUCACAGGACCACCUGACUUAUUGGUAUCAAGUGUGCAUCAAGACAUAAAAAUUACCCCCAUUUCUUCACUCGCCAAAUCCUUGCAACGCUACAAAGAAUGUAGUUCUUUAAAUUGCAGCACACUGGAAGAAAUUAAGAGCAAGGAUAAUAAGCAGCGCUGCCGUGUCUUUGAAACUACCUUGCUGGAGUACCCAAAACAUUAUAAAUACGCAAUGAAUUCCCCACACAAAAAGACUGAGAGGCAUGGCGCUAAUCCAGAUAUUGUCUGGAAUGCCCUGGGUCACCAUCAAAGGUACCGCUUUUCAGCUCCAGAUAUUUUCAACAUUCGGUUAACAUCUCAACCAAUGGAUGCAAGUGUGAACAGUGAGCCUGCCAUCAUCCCUGAGCAAAAACGAAGAGCUCGGUCAAAAAGCGCACCUCGAGUCCAAACUAAUCUCACCCCUAUAUCAUUUGAGUCCUCACCCUCCAGGAGGAAGGGAAGGGAGUCCCGAUGCACCAUAGGAGAAUCUCAUUGGAGACCUGACAUAUCCCCACGUAAAGAGUCCUCCUAUGCAGCAAACAGAGCUCAUUUAUUUGGACUUCAGCCUCAAAUGAGUGGUAACAAUAUAUUUUCAGCCCAUUAUUUAUCGAAUACUUACGAGGAGGCUACACUGGAUAAACCAGCAACCAGCCCUCAUGUCAGAUGUCGGGUAGACAUUAAACCAAAUGAUUCAGCAUUAUAUCAUAAAGGACAGAAACACCUUACACCUCAAAUGGACAUUCAAUGUCAAAGGCACCACAAUUGGGUAAGUAGGAGCCUGACUGUGCCCCGCCAUUUCUCCUAUUCAAGAGCACCAACGUCCACUGAUUCAUUGGUUACAGAGAGUCAGCAAGCUUCUCAAAAUUCCUACAGUUUGCCAAAUAAGUACAAACACCAAAUGGUUCCUUUCGAAGGGAUGGAAUCCACUGGAUAUGAAAUGGAAAACACAAGUCACUCCAGUCCUAACAUGCCAAUCCCAGUGUUUUAUGAAGAGGAUCCUGGUAGAUAUGUUACCACAGUUCCCCCUCAGCCAAGUUCUUAUUUUCAUGAUCAACGUAUGAAAGGACAAACCUCCAAAGUGCAAUAUGUACAUGAUCAAAGAGGUCGAAUGGUGCAUGCUAUGGGUACAAGGUCUUAUAACAAUGAAAUUGAGCAUUAUCCAUACACUUUACAGGCAGGGUAUCCACAAUUAUUUAAAGCAAAUGAGCCAGGGCCAUAUAUCAUACAACCACAGCCAACAAGAAUCUUUUAUGGAAAUGAUCCAAGGUCUUAUCAAAUUCAGUCUGCUCCUCCAAGGUUCUAUUAUUCACGUGACACGCAUGCCAUGCCACCACAGCACCAUAUACCAGCAAGGGCCCAUUAUGCAGACAACCAAAAAAAUGUGAGGAUUAUUCAGGCACACGCAGAUGACUGGUACAGUUCAUAUGGUCCUGGAUAUUCCUCUAUUCCAGUAAAUGAUGUGUCCCAAGUCACUCCAACCAGGAUCCAACAAGAGACUGUAUUAAUGCCUUGUUAUUCAAACCCUUCUGCAGAACCUCAAAGAAUUGGCACAGAUUCUAAAUCCUACUCAAGAUCAUUGGACGAUAUCCUCACCUCAUAUGUAGAAAGGGAACAACCCCCUUCUGUUCAGCGGCAUCAGAGCUAUAAUGACCUUGAUCCAAGGAAACCGAUAGGAGGCUUGGAUGACAAGCCACAGCCAGUGGUAGUCAAUCUCUCCACUUCACCAAGACGUUAUGCAGCUUUGUCCAUGUCUGAUAACUCUUUGAUUGACCAAAGCCCUUCAUCAACAUCAAAAAACACAACUAGUAAACAGUGGUUAGUAACUCCAGAGAUUACAAUUACGGAUAAUGACUUUCGUACUGGGAAUCUUAGGAAAGCUGAAGGAAAGUCUGCCAGCUGGGAUAUUCUGGACUCUCGAGGCACUGAAGGUGAGCAUGACAUUAAAGCCUCGACCAAAGAAAAGCCACAUGACAAUUCUCUUCAGCAGAGCCUUGAACAACUUGAUGAGCUGCUGGCUGAUCUUGUGACUGACUACAAACCACCAAGUCGAAGGGCGAGUCAGGACAUACUAGAUCAGCUGAAGAAGCUAAUUGACGAGGAAGAAGCAGUAUCUCUGUCGAGGAAGAACUUGGAUACUGUUGCUCAACAACCACCUCCUCUUGACAAGCAACCAACUUCAAUAAGAUUAAAUCCUGAUUCAUUUCAAGAUCUAGAUGGGGCAAGUGAUGCAAUGAAGGGUCCAAAUGAGUGCUCUCCAGAUCAGAGUCCAGAUGAGGAUGAUACAAUGAUGUGUUCAAACAAUAAAUGCCGGAGAACAGAAACUCUGUUUCAUGCUUGCCUUUACUUUAAAUCUUGCCACAGCUGCUACACUUAUUACUGCUCUCGCAACUGCCGCAGAGAAGACUGGGACAUUCAUAAAGAGAGUUGUGUAUAUGGUAGAAUUGGCAGCUCAUGUCGACAUAUCAUCAAACAUUGUCGUGAGACUAUUGAAGUCCACAAAGCCUUCUCCCGUCUUGCCAAAGUUGGUUAUCUUUCUCGAGGUAGGGGCGUACUCUUCCUUGGUUUCCCUAACACUGUGUCUUCCAGUAACUUUUUACAAGCAGGCCUGGAUAGUCUGCCUAUGUCACCCACAUACUUGUCGCUAAGAGAGCUUGAAAGUUUCAAAGACAACCUUGGUGAGUACUGUAAAGAGUUGCAAGAAGCUGGAAAAGAAUACGACCCAAAUGAAUGUUUCAUAUUGAAUGUAUCAAUUGCUGUCGGUGAACAGCUGCCAGAUGGGCCUUCACCAAGGACCCAAGCUCCAGCAGUCAGAAAAUAUGCAAAGGUUGCUCUUGCUUCUUUCAGCCCUGACAGAAAGAUCCACAAGAAACAGGGUGAGAUGGAAACCCUGAUCUUAACUCCACCACCAGGAACAACAGAUAUUGACAAAGCUGGAGAAGAAGGCAGGAAGGCCAGAGAAAUAUGCUUUAUCAAUAUACAACGAGAGUUAAGGAUUCGAGGCGUAUUCUUACGCCAUGAAUACCCACAAGUGUAUCAACAGCUCUGUGAGUUUGUGGAAAAUAACCUCCGAUUCACCCCUACCACCAUUUAUCCAAUUGAUAAGAGGACGGGGAAGCAGUUUAUGUGCAUGAUUAUGGCCGCCUCUGAGCCAAGAACAUUGGACUGGGUAGGAACUCCACAUCUUCUUGAUGACAUCAUUUAAAUGCAUAUAUGUGUAUGGAGUACACAAAUUAUACAUUACUGUACUUUUAGUUACUUUUUUUUGUCAGCCUAUUUUUUUUAACAGAAUAUUGUACAGCAUAUUAUUUUUAACAUACAGAACAGUUUUUAGCCAAUGUAAGUGUAUGUAUCUUUAUAUGGGCUGCUAUGUAUCUUUAUAUGGGCUGGUUACUGUUACAUUUACAUUUUUCCUUCACAUUUAAUGUUCCAAUAUUUAAUAAUGUAGGGAAAAUAUUGAUUAUUGUGUUCUUGACGUCAAAGGAAAUUCUAUGCAAAGCUGAUUUCUCUAAUUAUGACAUUUUGUACACAUACAAGCAUGCACACACACAAACACAUGUACACACACACUUACACACACACACACUCACAGACUGACACUGCUGAUUAUAAUACAUUGGAUGCAGUAUCAGUAAUUCAACAAAAGUGUACGGUAUAAAAUGAUUCACCACCUGGCUAAUGAGAGAAAUAUUCAUUCCAAAGGAAAUAUAUUAUAUUAGUAUAUUUUAUAUUAUAUUAUAGUAUAUUAUAUUAUAUUAUCCUCACAAGGGUCACAGGCAUUCUAGAGCCUAUCCCAUAUGUCUUUGGGUGGUAGGCAGGGCACAUCCUGAACUGAUUGCAAGCCAAUUGCAGGGUACACAAAUAACUAUUCACACUCACAAUCACACAUACGGACAAUUUGGAGUAAUCAAUUGGCAUACCCUAAAUGUUUUUGUAAUGGGUGAAGAAACUGGAGGACCUGGAGGAAACCCACGCAGUCAUGGGGAGACCAUGCAAAAGCUGGAAUCGAACCCUGUACCUCUGAACUGUGAGGUAGACAGUGCUCCAUCAUGUCACCUUGUAGAAGACAAAACAAAAAUCCUAAACUUUUAAUAUUUUUGUAGGUACUUUAAAGGUGAAAUGUAGAAAGUUUGUUCAAUGGGAUUUUUUAGCAUUGUAAGGAUAAACAGUUUAAAGUUCGAAUGAUUUGAAUUAGUCAAAAGAUGUAGAAAUAGAGGAAGAAUUAUGUUCUAAAAAUUUAUUUUUGUGGGUAUUUUAAAUGUGAAAAUGUUUAAUUUUUUGGUGAGUGGGAAUUAUUAUCUAUGUCAUUAGGAAAGUGUGUGGCCUGUUGGUUGACUUGCCACCAGACUUGGUUGAUUGAGCUUGGCCUUUCACUCAAAUCAUAUUUACAAAAAAUGUAAGUACCCUAUCUUGUUUGUUGCGUGAAGAAUGUUCUCCUGUGUUGUAUUUAUUUUAUUUUGGUUUGCUUUGCUUUUUGUUUUACUGAAGCAAUACUGCUGGACAUGAUGGCUAUCUUUGCAAUGAAAGAUUCUAAUAUUUAAAAUUUUUACUGUUAACAUUUUAACAGUAAGAAUAAUUACCUAUUUCAACAACAAGACUUGUCGUAAUAAUUGCAAUGUCCUCACGUGACACAUGAAAGCGUAACAGGAAUAAUUGUUAUUAGAACAAAGUGACACAGAUGUUCCAUAAUAGAUACUGUAUGUGCUACAUUAAAUAUUCAGUGUUCAGUGGCAUUUUUAGGCUGUGUUUAUUGUGUGUGAUUUAUGCUUUCAGUUUUACAUUGUAAACCAUGACACUGUUCCUUUGUUGCAUGAGUUUAUUAUGAAAUGAACAUAUUUUAAUGGUGACACCUUAGGCUAUGUUCACUCUGCAGCAGCCACAGCUUUCUGUUGAAUUGUCUUAAACUCCACAAUAGUAUGGCAUUAAUUUUGCAUGCAAACGAAGUUGUCAUGUGGGAAACAUAUUUCUUAGACUUUUUCCCCAGGUGAAUCUUGACUUUUUCUAACGAGGGAAAAUGUGUGAAGCAUUAGGUCACCCAAAAUCAACCAGAAUCAACCAGAUUCCUGAGAUUGCAUUUAAAUAAUUGAUGUGGAUGAGAACUGAUGGCCGAAAGGAAGUCGGAAGUAUUGCACUGUAAUUCCUACUGCGUUGCAUGUGCACACUUUCUAAAGUCAUUUUCAUAUUUUUUUUUUUAUUUUGUACUAUGUACUAUGCAAUGCUGUUAUUUCCCUUUCUGUAUCACAAUGAGUUGGUAAGUCAACAAAUGCAAACGUGCAAACACCAUUCCAUCCUCAAUUAUACAAACCGUUUUGUCCUCACAAGGGUCGCAGGUGUACUGGAGCCUAUUCCACCUGACUUUGGGAAGUAGACAGACUUUGGGAACUGUUUGGCAGUCAAUCAAAGGGCAUACAUAGACCAAACAAACAACCGUUCACACUCAUAAUAAAACCUGAGGGCAAUUUAGAAUAUGAUAGUCAAUUAUUAACCAAGCUACCCUGCGUCUUUUUGGAAAGUGGGAGGAAAUUUGAGUACCCAAAGAAAACCCAUGCAGGCUCGAGGAGAAUAUACAAACUCCAGCCUGGGUUCAAACCUACUGCCUCUACACUGUGAGGUGGCCAUGCUAACUAUGCUACCACAGUAAAAGUGAAAUGUGACUCUUGCCCGGUCUCUUGCAGUCAAUCUUUCCACGUACCUGUGUACCGUCACUACCAAUUGAAAAUAAUUAAUUUGUCAUCCAAAUUGAAGCAGCAGUUAACACCCAACAGAGCACUCUUGGGUAUAUAUAUUAUAUAGUUAUAAUAACAUGAGCAAUUUAACAGUCUUAUCCAUACACAAUGACAUAGACAAGUUCAGUGACACAAAUAUUUACUGAGAAUAAAUAUAUUUUUGAGAAA